AUGCCGGCAGAGCGAGCAGGAUACACAGUCACAAUGUUUCUUGUCGACAUCUCCUCAUCUAUGGGGAAGAUGCGGCAAGUUGAAAUACCUAACGAACGGAAUGACGAACCAGACAUAAUCGAGAUGACCAACCUAGAGUGGUCCCUUCAGUUCGUAAUGCUCAAGAUACAGGAAAUGAUAUUCAACAGUAGGAAGACAGACCAAUGCGGUGUGAUUCUUUUCGGUUCCGAAGAAACCGACAACAUGAUCAAUGAGAAGAACGGUGGAUACGAGAAUGUCUCUGAGUAUAUACCUAUCGCGCAGCCCAAUGCGGGCACUCUCGCGAAACUUGCGGCCCUCAGACCGUCUGAAGUCAUCGGGGAUCCUAUCGAUGCACUGAUAGUUGGAAUCGAGACACAGAACCAGUAUCUCUCUUCCAAGAAAACAUGGACGCGGAAAAUAGUGCUCCUUACGGAUGGAGAGAACCCCAUAGAAAUCGAGGAUUGGGAAACCACUGCCAAGAAGAUGAACUCCCUUGACAUCCGGUUUACCGUUGUCGGAGUUGACUUCGAUGAUGAAAAUUUCCCCUUCCACGAGGAAGAUAAAUCAGAAAUCAAGCACCAAAAUGAAUCGUUCUUCCACACCUUUGUCUCGUCUCUCAACAAUGGCAUAGUGGGCAAUUGCGAUUUUGCGCUUCGUGAGCUUGCACGGCCCGACAUCAAGCAAGUUAAAUCUGCGCUGUUAGGCACGGUCUUACGACUUGGCGACGUGGACGCGCGCCCAGAAGAUGCAAUUGAGAUACAUGUAAAGACCAGUAAAUGCACAGCGCUUUCUCGCCCAAAGAGCUGGAAGAAGUUCACCCGACGUGACCGUCUUGAGGACGAAGAGGAGGAAGCAGACAACAAGGCACCGAAGGCGGUCUUUGCGCAGUUGCAGAUGCGUACAGAAUAUUUCGUUCAACGAGAAGGAGAAGAUACCGACGAGGAGAACGUUGAAAGCGAACAACGCGAGGAAGACCAGAAACAGGACAAUAAGUUGAAGGUGGAGAAGGAGCAACUAGUUCGAGGGUUCAAGUAUGGCGCAUCAUAUGCACCAUGUCCCGACGGACAGUUUCCUCGGCUGGUCACUCGAAAGGGCAUCGAUAUCUGUGGAUUCUUCAAGGAACGUUUCUUCCGACGGGACUACUGCAUGGGGGAAGUGUCAUAUGUAUGGGCGGACCCCACUUCACCCAUGCAACAGGUCGCGCUAAGCUCAUUCGUCCAAGCUAUGUACGAGAAGGGCGCCCUAGCCAUUGCACGGUGGGUCGGCCGUGAUGGGGCGGAUCCGAAGAUGGGUGUGUUGGCUCCGUCAAUGUUCCAGAAUGCAGAUUGCCUGCUAUGGGUGCAAAUGCCCUUUGCAGACGAUGUGCGCAACUUUCCAUUCGCCUCUCUGGACACUCUCAUUUCCAAGAAGGGCGAAACACUCGCCAAACAUCCAUAUCUACCGACAGAAGAACAAGUGGAUGCAAUGGAGCAAUUUGUGGAUGCCAUGGACCUCUCGGACGCAGGUGAGAAGGAUGAAGAUGGGGUGCGUCAGCCAUGGUAUGACAAUCGGCUGUCGUACAAUCCCGCCGUGCACCGCACGAAACAAGCACUGUUUCAUAGCGCCAUUGUCUCUGAUCUCGGGAUGUAUCCCUUACCCCCGCCACAUCCCGAGCUACUGAAGUAUUUCGAACCACCGCGUCGUGUCCUGAAACGGGCACAUGAUGCUAUAGAGGAAUGCAAUCAGAAGUUCAAGGUCAAGGAGGUCCCGAAAAAGAUAGCAAAGACUCGCAAGGACGGACAUGUCCGCGCACGAGACGAAGACGAAGAUAUGCUCCUCCUCGAUAGGAUGCCUCGGCGUACCAAAUCCCAGGCACUCGUCUCUUCCCAACUUGCCGCUACGUCUCAGCCAAGGGAGAGGGCUGAGGAGAAGAAGCCGAAGAGGGUUGAUGACGAUAGCGAGACAGAGUCGGAGAGCGAAGACGACCAAGACCUGUUGCUUAACGACGCAGGUGGUGUGCUUCCCACUCCUGCGCGCUCUGAGACUGGAUUUGAGGCCGGUUUGAGGCCGGGGCGUGUCGUGGGGUCGAGGCAUCCACUGAAAGACUUCCAUGAUAACCUUGCCCGGGGCGAUAUAGUCACGAAGUCUGUGGAAGACUUAGCUGCCGUGAUCAAGGAGAUCACCGUUCGUCCGUCUGAGUCUCACCGGAUGGACGAGCUUCUGGAGUGCAUGCAGGAGCUGAGGAAGGUGUCGUGCGAGGAGGACGAGAUUGAUGCCUGGAAUGGUUUCUUGCCCGAUCUGCGCAAGUUAUGCGUAGACGAACAACCUGGAAACAAAGCGUUCUGGGCGCGUGUCAAGAAGCUUGGCCGAGAUAUCAGUCUCAUUAGCAAGCCACAGGCGAGGAAGCUUGGUGGCAAGUCAAACAUAUCUGAGGCUGAGUCUAUUGAAUUCAUUGAAGGAUAA